AUGGCCACCCAGAUGUUUGAGGGGAGAGGGCACGCGGCCGUCUACCAGAAAUACAGGUUCGCGCCGGGCAAAGAGCUGAAGCAAACCAUUCUCUCCUACCUGCAGGAAAAGGCAAGCCCUGCUGAGCUCGUGGUGGACGUUGGCUGCGGGUCGGGACAAGGCACCCGCUUCCUUGCGGAGCACUUCAAGAAGGUGGUGGGAACAGACAUCAGCGAAGCACAGAUCCAGGAGGCCAGGGAUGCCCUCUCCCCACCCAGUGUCUCCUACCUCGUGUGCCCUGCGGAGGAGCUGCCAGUUGAGGAUGCCUCUGUGGACCUCCUGACUUCAUUCACAGCUGCACACUGGUUUGACAUCGAGAAGUUCAUGAGAGAAGCAAACCGGGUGCUUAAGCCGGGUGGUUGCCUGGUCCUCAGCACCUACACCGUAGACAUGAGCCUGCACUAUGGAAACUGCACCGAAAAGCUGACCAAAAUCUUCAGGGAGUCCUGGGAUGUGCUUUUAAAAUACUCGCAUAAUAAAAUAAAACAUGUCCGGGAAGACUACAAAGAAAUCUUUGAGGCCGUGCCGUUCCCGGACAAGAAAAGAAUCACUGAUAUUUUUGACAAAAUUCCCAUGACGGUUGCUGAUGUGGUUGGUUACUUGGAGUCUACAUCUCCGUAUCAAGCGUUUAAGAAGAACGACCCCGAAGCUGCAAAAUCCCUCCUCCAAGAGACUGAAAAGAGGAUGUUGGAGACGAUGGGAGUUUCUUCUCCUGAAACCCCAGUGGAGUUCUGGGUGAGGCACGUCUGUGUGCUGGGGUGCAAGGCACGGUGA